AUGUCACAAACAAGCAUUCAGCGCACACUAGAGCUCGCAUUCGCCGCAGGCAUUCCUCAGUCCACCCUGUCUUUUCUUACAGGAGUAUCCUGUAUCCCAUUCUCUGCCGUGUACAGGACAGUUGGCUUUAAAGAGACAGAAGCACAGGUCUAUCUGUCCGCUGCCCCUAUCACUGCCAAGAUCCUUGAUGUGGAACGCUUCACCAGGGCCCCGGACCGCUUCAACGUGUCCAAACACAGGAGCGUGUCCAAGGCAAUGCCAGCCAUGUUUAAGAUAGAGCUCAAACAUGGGAACUUCACCUGGAUAGUCAAGAGAAAAGAGAAGCACUUCAUGGAGCUGCACAGAGAGCUUCUGAAAUACAAGACCCUUAUGAGGAUCCCACUGCCCACCCGAAGCCACACAGAGAGAAGAAAGAGCAUAAAGAGGAGCGAGGUGAGGCAGAUGCCUGCACUGCCUCUGGGAGGUGGAGAUGAGUUGGCACGAGAGGAGCAAGUGUCUAGUCGGAGAAAACAACUGGAAGACUACCUAAACAAGCUGCUGAGGAUGGCAAUGUACCGAAAAUACUACGCAACCGUAAGCUCACUCUUGAGUAUAGAGUUCAGGCCCUGAUAGAGCUCGAGUUGAG